AUGUCGGCUCUUCAAAUGUCCUUGUAUCAUGUCUUUACAAACUCAUUCACACUUUGGGAUGAAGCAUACGACUGUCCACAGAAUCUGACAAAUUUGAAGUUUGAGAGACCAGUGUUGGGAUCGUUCUUCUUGUUUUUUGGAGUUAUGUUUAUUGUCCUCUACAUUCCUUGCUUCCUCGCUAUUGUCCAGAAAAAAUCGCGUGCUCCAGUCUACCAAAUCAUGUUUGCUCUUGCCAUAUUCGACAUCCUCUCCCUAUCAGUCAAUUCUGUCUGUACUGGAAUUUUUGACAUUCUCGGAAUAUCAUUCUGUCAUUCUCCUCUUAUCAUUUUCUGCCUUGGCGCCAUUGCUGGAGGUUCCUGGAUGGCUGGAUGCUUGGCUUGUGUAAUGCUAGCAAUUGAGAGAUGUGUUGAAAUAAAUCCACAAUUCCCAUUGGAGUUUCUGUUCCGCAAAAGCGUGUUCCCUUUCGUUAGAAUCCUUAUGGGAAUGUAUACGUUGUAUGCGUACUUGUUCGUGAAAGGUCUCACUUUUUCCUCGCAGUUCAGUUGUUGGUUCUUUGAUCCCUUGAUUGGGAAGGAUCCUCUUCUCUACCAUAGCUAUCCCCAUACAAUCAAUAACUUCGCCGUUGGUAUUGCCACUACAGCUCUUUACAUCUAUAUAUCGUACCGACUGAUUUGCAAGUUCGGCUAUACAACAUCCAUGUGGUUAUACAAAACUAAACGACAGUCGCCCGUAUUGUGA